GAAAGAUUCAAACUGAUCUCGUAAAAAAGGAAGAGGCACUCAGAAACCCGCAACGACUUGAAGACUGGAGAAAGAGGUCGGAGAGGAGUGAGAAACCCAAUUGAGGAGAGAGAAAAACCGAGUUGAAAGACUGAAGAGGUCUUUCUGAAACUCUAGCCAUGUUUGGAAGGUUCGGUUACGGAGUGAUGGAAGGAGUUGGGGUGGGGACUUGGCCUCUCUGAAUAUCCCCAGCCCUUACUGCCCUUCUCUUUUCAAGUACUAAUUUUUAUUUUUUUUUAACAAAGUGCGAGCGGGAAAGAUGAAGAAUUUCUGAAUAAACGGGACUGCUUUAUAUAAUCAAUUCGACAUCUGGGUUUGGUUCCUUUGAUCAGCUUACAGUCCAUUUCUGUGUUUUUUUCAAGUAGAUGAUUACAUUCUGAUUUCGAAGAGGAUACAACAGCUUGAUUGAAUUUUCGAGAAUAGAAGAAGUUUUGACAAGCCCAACUUUCCAUGGUCAAGCUGCAAAAAAAAGUUGUUUAGUUUGGUGUUUCUCUUGGAUGGCUUGAACUUGAUUGUUGGCGUUUUUUUACGUCACGCAAAUCUAUGUCCUUCGGCAAUACACAAAGCUGAGUGAAACAUUGGCUUCAUUCAGGGAAAAUCUCCUUUGGCAAAACUGAGGGUUUUCUCUUGUUGGGCAGUGCUGUUUCCACGUUAUACUAGGGGUAUAUUUAUCUGGUGCUGGAAGUGGCCUCUGAAAUUCGGUCAAUUUAGCAAAAUCUGCAUCAAUACUUGUUCAUCCAGCUCUUUUGGGCAAAUCUCCUUUGGCAAAACUGACGAGUUUUCUCUUCUUGGGCAGUGCUGUUUCCACAGAUAUACUGGAGGUGUAUUUAGCUGGUGUUGGAAGAUUUUCACUAAUCGGCUUACAUAAGUCUCCUAUUCGGCUAUUGAGAAGACCUUGUCAGGGAAUUUUGGAUUGUCACUGCAGCGUGUCUGGAAAAUUUCAUCUGGCAGUCAUAACUUGUCAAGAACUAGAAUUCUGCUGUCACAAAAAUCUCCUUUUGCAGUUCCUUUCUAGUGGGAACUGCAGUCCAUUUUUUGGGCAAUCUCCUUUGGCAAUUCAGGGAGUCUUCUGUGGACAUCCUGCAGCUCUAUUUGGGCAAAUCUCCUUUGGCAAUUUGGGGAGUCUUCCGUGGACACCCUGCAGCUCUAUUUGGGCAAAUCUCCUUUGGCAAUUUGGGGAGUCUUCCGUGGACACCCUGCAGCUCUAUUUGGGCAAAUCUCCUUUGGCAAUUUGGGGAGUCUUCCGUGGACACCCUGCAGCUAUAUUUGGGCAAAUCUCCUUUGGCAAUUUGGGGAGUCUUCCGUGGGCACCCUGUAGCUCUAUUUGGGCAAAUCUCCUUUGGCAAUUCGGGGAGUCUUCUGUAGACAACCUGUAGCUCUAUUUGGGCAAAUCUCCUUUGGCAACCUGUAGCUCCAUUUGGGCAAAUCUCCUUUGGCAUAUCUCCAACUUUUUGGAGAUACUAUCUAGAUCUCUGCAUCGGAAGAUCAGAUUGAUCAAAAAGUAUAUAUUAACUUCUGAAGAUUUAAGGUGGAUACCGGUUCACCGUUUGGUAUCCAACUUGCAGAUUCUUAUUGUGAUACCCUCAUCUCAAGGUAUCUACAUCCUUGUCUCUUUAGAUAUCUACAUGUACAUGCAUCCUUGUCUCUUUUACCAACAUGUUUGACUCUACCUGUAUCCAGACACAUACCGAUAGGCAACAAUAUAAUGGAUUUAUUCAGUGAGUCUGACUGUUCCAGUGUGAGUAACAGCAGUAUGGAGCAAGAUGAUGAAAUUGAAACUUUGUAUGGUGGACAAGCAUGUAACAUUCUGACAAGCCUCGAGGAAACCAUUGGAAAAAUUGAUGAUUUCCUCUCAUUUGAGACCGAAUUCACAUAUGGCGAUGUUGUUUGUCCCUCUACAGACCCUUCUGGACAGGUGGGCAGAGUGGUGAAUGUUGAUAUGUUUGUGGAUUUGGAAGAUCUCCAGGGCCAAAAAAUAAAAGAUGUCAGUUCGAGCAAAAUUCAAAAGAUCCGUACCAUUUCUGUGGGUGAUUAUGUUGUGCUGGGGCCAUGGCUUGGAAAAGUGGACAAAAUAGUUGACUGUGUCACCAUUUUGUUUGAUGAUGGCACAAAGUCUGAGUUCACCACAAUGGGUCCCGAAAAGCUCUUACCUCUUCGACCCGACCUUCUAGAGGAUUCGCAAUAUCCUUAUUAUCCAGGACAGAGGGUGCGAAUCGAGCUCUCUACUGUUUCUAGAUCGGCUAGGUGGUUAUGCGGCACAGGGAAGGAGAAACGAGAUGAAGGAACUGUUUUUUCUUUGGAAGCUGGUUUGGUAUAUGUUGAUUGGCUUGCUUGUGCUAUGGUUGGUUGUGAAAGGGGCCCUGCUCCGCCAUGUUUGCAGGAUUCUAAAGACCUGAACUUGUUGUCAUUUCUCUCUCAUGCAAAUUGGCAGCUAGGUGAUUGGUGUAUAUUUCCGGCUGCUGAUUGCCAAGGUGAUAUGGAGAGAAUUUAUCUGGAUGGGUCUUCUUGUGAUCUCACAAACAGGUUAAAGCAGGCUGAAGAAAUAUUUCAGGGAAGGACUAGCCCAAACUUUGGGGAAAUCUUUGUCAUUGUGAAGAUAAAGACCAAAGUUGAUGUUCUGUGGCAGGAUGGCACCCGUUCAGUGGGAUUAGACUCACAUUCUUUAUUUCCAAUAAAAGCUGUUGAUGCUCAUGAUUUUUGGCCUGAUCAGUUUGUGAUGGAAAAGGGUAUAUCUGAUGAUCCAGAAUUUUCUAGUGGUCGAAGAUGGGGUUUUGUGAGAUGCUUCGAUGCAAACGAACGAACUGUGGGAGUGAAGUGGAAUAUUCCUGUUGUCAAUCCAGCAAUUGAAUUGGGGGGAGAGGAAAUGGAGGAAACUGUGAGUGCAUAUGAACUAAUGGAGCACCCAGACUAUUCCUAUUAUCUUGGUGAUGUUGUGUUUCGAUUGGAAAAGAACAAGUUAGUUGAUCAAAUUGAUGGUCAGAUUGGGGGAGAUGAACCAACCGUUUUCUCGAACAAUUGUUCCUUAUCCUGUAUUGGAAUUGUUAUGGGCGUUGAAGAGGGAAAUGUGGAGGUGAAAUGGGCAAAUGGUCAUACAACGAAGGUUGCACCUUAUGAAAUCUUUCGAAUGGAUAAGUAUGAAGCUUUAUUUCCUAUUCCUGUGCCUCAUGAGGAAAAUGUUGAGCGAACAACAGAACAUAUGACUGAGCAUGAUAACGAAUCUUUGCCUAAGGGGAAGAACUUGUUGGUCUCCGGUACCACUUCCCUUCCUCGAGCUGCUAUUGGGAUUUUCACUAGCAUUAUGGGAAGUCUAUUUGGUUCUCUCAGUUCCACAUCAUCGUCAGGUAGAUCUCACCUCAGUUUGGAAGAAGGAGAUGGCUUGGUGUGUAACAGUGAGGAAGAAGCUGUGCUAGAAUCUUCCAACUUGUGCAAUGAGGGCUUGCUGAUGUUUAGCGAUAGAAAUUUGGAGCAGCAAGUCAAAGAGAGUCAGGAAGCAUUUAAGCAGUUUGAUAUGGUAACUGGUUGCUUGGACCACCAGUUUGUUGAAGGUGCUGGGAAGGGAUUAGCAUUACCUCAGGUCAAAAGAGGAUGGUUGAAAAAAAUUCAGGAAGAAUGGAGCAUUCUGGAGAAAGAUCUUCCCGAAACAAUUUAUCUCCGUGUGUAUGAGGAAAGGAUGGAUUUGUUGCGGGCAGCCAUUAUUGGUGCACCUGGAACUCCAUACCAUGAUGGACUUUUCUUCUUUGACAUUUUCCUUCCUCCUGACUAUCCUCAUGUACCACCUUUGGUGCACUACAAAUCUGGUGGUCUCCGAAUCAACCCUAAUUUGUACGAGUCUGGAAAAGUCUGUCUUAGUCUCCUCAAUACUUGGACUGGCACUGGAACUGAAGUAUGGAAUCCAGGGAGCUCCACCAUUCUCCAAGUUCUCCUAUCCCUUCAGGCCCUCGUGCUUAAUGAGAAACCUUACUAUAAUGAAGCUGGAUAUGAUAAUCAAAUGGGAAGAGUAGAGGGAGAGAAGAACUCAGUGAGCUACAAUGAAAAUGCAUUUAUUGGCAAUUGCAAGUCCAUGCUAUACCUACUACGCAAAUCGCCCAAGCAUUUUGAGGAAUUCGUGCAGGAACACUUCUCCUGUCGCUGGGAAAAUAUUCUGUUGGCUUGUAAGGCAUAUAUGGAAGGAGCUUCAGUUAGCUGUGAUUUUGGGUACACAAAAGGGGAGCAAGAAAAUCAACGGGGGAGUUCUACUGGGUUCAAGAUCAUGCUUUCUAAGCUCUUCCCUAAGCUUGUGGAAGCAUUUUCUGGGAUGGGUAUUGAUUGCAGCCGAUACGUUGAUCCCGGAAUUUGAAUGCGGUGCUAUCUGGAGGUGUUUUCCCAUCCCUAUAUAACUAGAUAUACGCAUGGACGGUCCUGCGAUGCCUAUCAUGUAGUGUGUGUUUUGUAAAAUGCUUGCUUUCGUGUUUUCCCUUUGUUUGGGGCUAUAUGCUCUUAUGUUUGUGAAAAGGAAGGGUAAAAAUUAAAAAAAAAAAAAAAAAGUAUCAGCUCGUAAAAAAAAAUGUAUGCAAGUAUAUAUGCGAUGUUUGCACCCUGUAUCAUAUGAUGGUUUGUAGAACUCUCGAAAUCUAAGACGGGUAUUGGAUUGGUGUGUU